AUGGUCUCUCAUGGUAUCAAUUCUAUCCUUUGGCACUUUAUUUUGGUUAUUGUCAUUGUUGCCCUUUUCACUCCAACCCUUAGUGCCGCAAAACAAUCUAAAAUAAAUGGCCUAAAAAUGAAUGUAAUUGAUCGAUGUUGGAGACUGAAUCCUGAAUGGAGGAGGCAUCGACCUCAACUAGCAACAUGUUCCGUUGGUUACACUGGCAAGAUGACAAACAACAUUGGAGAUGACCUCAUCCAUUAUAAAGUUAUUGAUCCUAGUGAUGAUCCUAUAAACCCUAAAUCUGGAACUUUGAGGUAUGGAGCUUCAGUAAUUCAAGGUAAAGUGUGGAUCACAUUUCAAAGAGACAUGCACAUUAAGCUUGAGAGACCCCUUCUUAUUAGUAGUUUCACCACCAUUGAUGGUCGAGGUGUUAACGUUCACAUUGCUGACAAUGCAUGCAUAAUGAUCUUUAAGGCCACCAAUAUAAUCAUCCAUGGCAUUCGGGUUCAUCAUUGCAAACCUCAAGCCCCAGGGAUCGUGAUGGGACCUGAAGGAAAGGUGGUUCCUUUAGGCCAGGUAGAUGGGGAUGCAAUUAGAUUGGUUACUGCUUCAAAGAUUUGGAUUGACCAUAAUACACUUUAUAAUUGUCAAGAUGGUCUACUAGAUGUAACACGAGGUUCCACUGAUGUGACUAUAUCCAAUAACUGGUUUAGAGACCAAGACAAGGUUAUGCUUCUUGGGCACGAUGAUGGAUAUGUGAGAGACCAAAACAUGAAGAUCACUGUUGUGUACAAUCACUUUGGACCUAAUUGUAAUCAGCGUAUGCCAAGGAUUCGUCAUGGAUAUGCACAUGUAGCCAACAAUUUGUACUUAGGAUGGGUGCAAUAUGCCAUUGGUGGAAGCAUGGGACCUAGCCUCAAAAGUGAAGCUAACCUCUUUAUAGCACCAACAACAGGGAGUAAAGAGGUGACAUGGAGAAAAAAUAGUCAUAAAAAUGGAGAUAUAUGGGAAUUUCAUUCAGUGAGAGAUGCUUUUGAAAAUGGAGCCUCCUUUGCAGUAACAAAAGGAGGACGUGUGCCAAAGCCAAAUUAUAGCAAGGAACAAUGCUUUAAAGUUGUUAAUGUCAACUCCGUUAGAUCAUUGACAAGCUCAUCAGGUGUUUUACAAUGCACUAAAACUUCUAUAUGUUGA